CAUGCGGAAGAACGCUGCUACGUCGUAGUAAACGGCUUAACAACGAAAAUGCCGCGUUUAUAACAUAGUCAGCGGUUAUAGGUCUUACUUUAGUAUUUAAGAAUUUAAUAAUAGUGGUUUGAGAAAUUUCUAGCAUGUUACAUUAAAGAAGAAAUAUAGAAACAGAACAAUAACUGAGCUCGAUAUUGUUUUAGUGAUAGUUCAGCAGCGACACGUGGCCGUUUCCUCUAAUCAAAAGGAGGGAUAAAGGAUUAUCGUCGUUGCUCUCCGUUUCUUGUCGCUUUUUCUACCUCUUCGUUGACUACACCUGCUGCUUGCCAGAUGGAGAAGCAGCCCUUGCCAGCUGAUGAUGACAGGACAGAAGCCACAGAAGUUGAUGGGCUCACUGGAGAGAGCAGUCCGCAGGAGACGUCUGAGCCAGAUGCCCGAGCCGGAUGGAACAGUAAAAUAGAGUACUUUUUGGCUCAAGUGGGAUUCAGCGUUGGACUCGGCAAUGUCUGGAGGUUUCCGUAUUUGUGUCACCAGAACGGAGGAGGAGCCUUUCUCCUGCUGUACAUCCUGCUGAUGCUGAUUGUGGGCAUCCCCUUGUUCUUCCUGGAGUUGGCAGCCGGUCAAGCCAUCCGACAGGGCAGCAUUGGAGUAUGGAAAUAUAUCUCACCCAGGCUCUCUGGCAUUGGUUACUCCAGUUGUGUGGUUUGUUUCUUUGUGGCUCUCUACUACAAUGUGAUCCUUGCAUGGAGUCUUUUCUAUCUCGGGAACUCAUUCCAGCACCCAUUACCUUGGGAGAAGUGCCCAGAACAGGGGAAUGUAACAGUAAAGGAAUGUAGCGAGAGCUCUCCCACGUCGUAUUUCUGGUACCGCAAAGCUCUGGAUAUCACAGAUUCAAUCGAUGAGACGGGCUCUUUCAACACUUACAUCGUCUGCUGUCUGCUGGCAGCCUGGACCUUCGUGUGUCUGGGGAUGUUCAAGGGUAUCAAGACGUCUGUAAAGGUGAUGUAUUUCUCUUCCAUCUUCCCAUACGUGGUGCUGUUUUGCUUUCUCAUCCGAGGGCUCCUGCUGGAUGGAGCCUUUGAAGGAAUCGGCUUCAUGUUCUACCCCAAGUUGGAAAUCUGGGCAGAUGUGCAGGUGUGGCGGCAGGCAGCUACGCAGGUUUUCUUUGCGCUGGGCCUUGGCUUUGGGUCCAUUAUCGCCUACUCUUCCUACAACCCCAGGAACAACAACUGCCACCGUGAUGCCUUCACCGUCUCCUUCAUAAACUUCCUCACAUCUGUGCUGGCUACUCUGGUGGUCUUUGCCGUGCUUGGUUUCCGAGCUAAAAACAAGGUCAUGGAGUGUGUAGCCAGCAACUUGAAUGACCUGUCAAAACACUUUCACGACGGUCUUGUGCCCAAUAACGUGAUGCCACCGUUUAACUACUCUGAUCCCAAAUCUGUGCCUCUGGAGGACUACAGAAAGUGGGUCAAACAGUAUGAACCAAUGGUGCCUGGCAAUUUAACAGACUGUGACCUGGAAAAAGAAAUGCAGAAGGGUGUGGAGGGAACAGGUCUAGCUUUCAUCGCCUUCACAGAGGCCAUGACCCUCCUGCCUGGCAGCCCUUUCUGGUCCGCCCUCUUCUUUCUCAUGCUACUCAAUCUUGGACUCAGCACUAUGUUUGGCACUAUGGAGGGCAUCCUCGCCCCCCUGAGUGACCGCUUCAAGUGUUUGGCGAGGAACAAAACCAAGCUUACAAUUGCCAGCUGCAUCAUUGGCUUUCUGCUUGGCCUGCUCUUCACUCAGCGCUGUGGGAACUACUUUGUGAUGAUGUUCGAUGAUUACUCUGCGACGCUGCCACUCAUCAUCGUGGUGGUUUUUGAGACUUUCAGUGUGUCUUGGUUGUAUGGAGCUGAUAGAUUCCUUAACGACAUUGAAGCAAUGCUGGGCUGGCGUCCCAGUAUUGUUUACAAAUACCUGUGGAAAUACAUUUGCCUGCUUGCUAUGCUUGGGCUGCUCGGAGCCACCACUAUCCGCAUGUUCCUGUCUCGCCCCACGUAUAUGUCAUGGAACCAGGAAAAGGCUUCUGAGGAGUAUUUGGAAUAUCCCGAUUGGGCUCUGGCUGUUUUGGCUUUAUUAAUAAUAUUUGCCACAUUGCCCGUGCCAGUGGGCUUCAUCCACGCUUUUCUACAAAAGAGAAACACACAAACUUCCAGGGAUGCAGGGAACAGUCACUACAGGAUGGUUAACACUGAGGAAACUGCUAUGACCGACUUUUCAGCACUGGAACAUAGGAAUGGGGACGCUGCUCCGGUUUCCUAAACCCUCAACAAAUGGGCUGCAUUUAAGGAGAAGGAACUUAUCAGUGAUAUAUAAGCUGAUGUAUUAUAAAAGAGACAGUUAUUUUGUUACUGAGCCUUGCAGUUACCUCACUUGUUCAAAAUCAGAAACACAUUUUCGUAAUGCCAGCUGUUAAACUGCAUAUCCGUCAUGGCCUCUGUGAAGGCGACGAACUGCAUUAAAAGAGGAAGUUAAGCAAGAAAGAUGAGCCACAGUGAGCUGCACAGCUUCUCUGCUGUUGCUCACAGAACGAUGGAAGAAGCUGGAUUGUAAUCCAAGGUCUUCACUAAAAGGACAUGAGGUCCCAGGAGUCUGUGACCUGUAGUAUUAAACUACAUUUUCUGUUACUACCACUAAUUACAGAUGCUGCCAGAUUAGUCAGAAAUAUUCCAAACGGCCAUUUUAAUAUUUUCCCUUCUUUUUAAACUUUUAAAGUCAAAGUAGAUCUAGAUGCUAAAGAUGCUCCAGCAGCUUUUAAAAACUUUGUGAUACGGAGCAGAUAAUUUAAUGGUUUGUGAAAACUACUUGGUAAAAUUUCCAUUAAGUUAUUUUUACCAAAGUUAGUGUCCAAAUAAGCAUAAAUAUGCUUUUAAUAUAAGCCGUAAAUAUUCUAUGAUCCCAAAGCCAGUGUUGCAACCAGGGUUUGGACCAUCAGAGCCUCCGCUCCUGACCACUGCCCAGUCCACAAUGUAUGGAACCCCACAGUACCUCCUGCUGGCAGGGAUGACAAAAAAACCCAAAACAUGUUGCAUGUUGUCUGAGUCUCAUGGCCCCCCUCACUGAGGACAACUUUGCUGUGAGAGAACGUACGAGGGGCCACAGUGAGCGCUUGGUUCAGCUGGCUGUACAUCUGACACAUUCUUAAUGGGUGUUCAACUCUACCGUGGCUAACAAAGGGAAUGAGACAAAAGAGGCCCUGGGUCAGAUCUAUUAGACAGAGGAGGUGUUUGGGGAGACGGACGGAGGUCCGACCAUCUCUGCUAUGAGUGCUGCCCCUGAAACUCAGAUCCAGAAACGGCAGAGGAUGAUCAUGUCAUCAUGUUACAGUUGUUUUGUUAAUGUUGUUAUAUAGUUAGCAUUCAUUUACAUCGUCCUUUCAUUUUCGUAGUUUCUUUUCUUUCUGUUGGUCAUUCAUUACAAUAACCUGUGAACUGUGAUUGAUCAUGAGCUGGCUGAGCUACUACGUCAUUAACCUGUCACUGCUGUCUCUGUUGAGGUCAGAAUUGCAGUGACUGCUAAAUAUUUUCAUUGUAUGUUUAUUUUUUUCCUGAGCAACUUGGAUUAAUACCUACAGUACAACACAGUACAAGUUUACUAUCACGUUUACUCCAGAAAUGAGUCGCUUUAGCUGCGUUUGCUGCUGUUCAGCACAGAAUGUUUACAGUCAAAAAAACACGACCGAGACCAGACUCUGUGUUUGAACUUGAUAAGAUAUUAUACACUACGUAAGCAGGUGUAGCUGCUCAGGUUAUAAUAAACAUGCAGGCUAGCAUUAUUUGUUCAAGGAAACAGCUGAUAAAUGUGUGGUGAGGUUUUUAUUUCCUGUUUUUUAAACUCCUCGGUAACAAAGCCAGUGCAAAAAAAAAAUUUGCACAUCUGUGUGUUUAGAGUACAAAGACUGACUGAAGCUGUUGUCAAGUGACAUCAUGCUAAUGCGAGAUAAAAAGAUAUUUUAUGAUGUGUAUAUAUGUAAAUGGUACAUGCAAAAUGGUUUUAAAGACUAGCUAAACAUUUGAGUAGUUUUUUGUAGUUGUAAAUGGAAAUUUCCAUAAAGGACGUUUUGUGUAUGUUUUUUGUAAAGAUUAAUAUAUUUUUUAGACUUCAUUGCUCUGUGAUAUUGUCUCACAGCUGCAGUGUUUUCUGGUGUAGUUUUUCCGUUUUAGCAGGAUACAGUUGAAUGAAUUGACUUGACGGAUCGUAAUGUUUAGUCCUGGGUGCCUUUAGCUCUAAUAGGGCAGAAUGAACAAACCGUUAAAAGCAUCCCAGCGGUCGUGUAAUUUUAAAAACAUUUCUUUUGACAUUGCAGUAAUGUUCAAAAUGUAUGUAAGAUACUAUUGUUGUAUUAUAUGUUGCUGUUCUUUUAUUAAUAAACUUUAACAUCUC